AGAAUGCUCAGCGCGUUCUGCAUCGCGCAGCCUUCCGAGUAGUGCGCGCGUGCGUUCUUGUGGGAACUGCGCCUCCCAGAAGGCAUCGCGCGUCGUGCUCCUAGCCCUCCCUGAAGGCCGCCUCGUUCUCCCGGUGUGUCCGCUGUCCGCGAAGCCAGGGUCCACUGACGUUUCCACCACCAUGCUGCCUGCCGCACUGCUUCGUCACCCGGGCCUGCGCCGCCUGGUGCUUCAGGCACGUACGUACGCCGAGGCCGCUGCCGCACCUGCGCCCGCCGCCGGGCCCGGACAGAUGUCCUUCACCUUCGCCUCCCCGACGCAGGUGUUCUUUGACAGUGCCAAUGUCCGGCAAGUGGAUGUGCCUACGCUGACUGGAGCCUUUGGCAUCUUGGCGUCUCAUGUCCCCACACUACAGGUCUUACGGCCUGGGCUGGUAGUAGUUCACGCGGAAGACGGCACCACAACUAAGUAUUUUGUGAGCAGCGGCUCUGUGACUGUGAAUGCAGACUCCUCUGUGCAGUUACUAGCUGAAGAAGCUGUGACACUGGACAUGCUGGACCUGGGGGCGGCCCGGGCCAACCUGGAGAAGGCGCAAUCAGAACUGUCAGGCGCGGCGGAUGAGGCAGCACGGGCCGAGAUCCAAAUCCGUAUUGAGGCCAAUGAAGCCCUGGUGAAGGCCCUGGAGUAGGCGGUACAUGUCUCUCAUCCACGGGGAAACUGAGGCAGGCCCAUGCUAAUGAAAACUUCCCAGGGGGCUGAAGUCACCACCAGGGGGCAGCAGUGCUCUGGUUGCUGAGCUUACAGCUUCCUGGUGCCUGCCAGGUCAUGGAGGUCUUCCCCCCAGGCCUCCACAGUCUGGGAUCCCCACGAGCCUCUGGAGAGCUGGCUGUGAUUGCUCCUGGGGCCACCUGGACAGUCAGCCUGCCCAGCCUGUCUCCAUUAAACACCAGGAACGAAC